UUUAGUAAACUUUCGAUUGCCAGCGUGUUCGGAUCGCCCGCCCAGUAGCUCCGCCAAGUUUCAGUGUUCAGUUGGCCGUCGUCGUCGCGAUUCUUAGAAUCUUAGAACAUCACUUGAGGUGUUCUAGCGUUGAUCGCUUUGUGGACUUGUGAUCUUGUGAUCGAGAUCGUGUGACCCGUGCUGUCGGUGAGGAAGAUGAUUCCGGGUGUCCGACUGCCGUGGUUCUAACCUGUCGUGUCAGCUGGUUCGAGGUUGUCAAGAAGACACCGACAUUUCUGCGACUGUAUUGGUGCUGCGCCAGUUCGUGGGCGUUUGCGCGAUCGCGAUCAUACCCCCUCGAUCUGUCAGAGAAAAGCGGGAAGAAACGAUAGAAAGGCAACCAAAAAAACGUGCAGUUUCGGUCGGUCCUGCUCAGUGUGUGCGCCCGUGUUGUGAUUGUUGUUGCCAACUUUUUAAGUGUGUUUUGUUUUAAUCUACUUUUUUUGUUGUUUGUUUCGGUUGAGUGUGUGUUUUGGGUUUUGGCUCCGCAAAACAGCUGAGUGCGGUGGAAUUUUCUUGGCGACGAUCGCUCGCAAGGGUCGCCGCGCGUUCUUUGCACUGCCGACUUAAGGGGAAAAAUUUAAGUGACCAAGUGAUUGUAAAGCACUGCCCGCGCUAGCAAACUAUUUCCAGCCAACGAUCACCGCCCAACGAACGUCUUCCAGGCUAACCAAGCACAUAUCGGCGACAACUGCGCCCAAAAGUUUAGUUAAGCAAACACAAACAAACAAACACACACAAAAUGGCCUUAAUCAUGAAGUACAUCGACAGCAUACACCACUACAUGGACAAAUAUUCAGACCCGCGGACGCGAGAUUGGCCCCUCAUGUCAUCGCCCCUUCCCACACUAGCGUUAUGUUUAGGAUACGUCUAUUUAGUCAAAGUCGUGGGUCCAAGGCUCAUGGAGAACCGCAAACCAUUCCAGCUUAAAAACACCCUCAUAGUCUAUAACUUCGUACAAGUCGUGUUCAGUGCCUGGUUAUUCUACGAGUGUCUGAUGGGCGGAUGGUGGGGCACAUACAGCUUCCGGUGCCAGCCAGUGGACCACGGCACGACUGGCCAAGCAAUGAGAAUCGGAAUAUCCGGUUGGCUAACGGGACAUUAUAACUUCCGAUGUCAGCCAGUCGACUAUAGUAACCACCCUAAAACGUUAAGGAUGGUGCACGCCUGUUGGUGGUACUACUUCUCGAAGUUCACAGAGUUCUUCGAUACGUUCUUCUUCGUGAUGCGCAAAAAAACUAGUCAAGUGUCAACGCUGCACGUCAUUCACCACGGAUGCAUGCCCAUGUCCGUGUGGUUCGGCGUCAAGUUCACUCCCGGUGGCCACAGCACCUUCUUCGGACUGCUCAACACCUUCGUCCACAUCGUGAUGUACACGUACUACCUGUUCUCCGCCCUCGGACCCCAGUUCCAGAAGUACCUCUGGUGGAAGAAGUAUCUCACCUCCCUGCAGAUGGUCCAGUUUGUGGCCAUCAUGGUGCACGCGUUCCAGCUGCUCUUCAUCGACUGCAACUACCCGAAGGCGUUCGUCUGGUGGAUCGGAAUGCACGCCGUCAUGUUCUUCUUCCUGUUCAACGAGUUCUACCAGAACACGUACAAGGCGAACAAGGCCCGCGCCCAGGCGGCCCGUGACCGACGGGAAGCUGCCGCGGCCGCAGCCGCCCUCGCCCUUGCCAACGGCAACGGCACCACCAGCAAUGGCAGCGUGACAUCCAACGGCACGGCCAACGGAACCGCCAACGGCCACCACGGGAAGAACGGCGCGGCGGUGCACAGUAACGGCACCACGAACGGUUCCCUGCUGAACGGCGGCUCCUCCAACAAGGCCGCCGACUACUACGUUCGGGGCGAUCUCCCGGCCGAGAUCGAAAUCACGCAGCGACGCACCCAGAACCAAUAAUAGCGAAUAUAAGAGUACCUUCUUCUUCUCUUUCUUCCAACUUCAACCAAUUAGCCCAAAGUCCCGAACCUUUUCCCACCUUUUUGUAUCCUAGCCUUGACAGAAACACUUUAAACACAACAAAAACAAACAAAGCACAAACACAUUCCCACCACUCCCACCCCUCCCUUCUGUCAUCCUCCUCCCCCACCCACCUUGCACACAGUCGCUAGCGAGAGAGAGACAAAACAACCCCAAAACAAAGCGGUUUCUAUUGUUAUUAUUAUUUAAUUUAUUGUAAAACUUCUUUAUUAUUAGUACGCGCGUGUGUACAACACAAAGCAAACAAGCAACUGAAUUUGUGUUUACCUUUUUUUUCUUUUUUUGUUUGAAGCAUUUGAACCCUUUUUUUGUUUACGCACCUUUUUGAAACAAAACAAAAACAAACACAAACACAUUAAAAAAAGCUUUCCCCUUCCGAACACUAGCAAAACACACACACACAAUCACAAAUCACGCGCUAGUAAUGUUUACAAAAAAAAACAAACGCAAUAGAAAGCAGGACCGCCCUAUCGUAUUUUUCCCGAUGAGGGUUAUUUAUAUUAAAACAUAAUUAAAAAUAGUAAACAAAAAAAGCAAAACGGAACGCUCAUUGAUUGACGUUUUCGCUUCUGUUUCGUUAUUCGUUAUUCUGUUUGACAACCGAGCUUGCAUUCCAAAGCUUGCUUCGAUUGCCUUCUGCGUACAAAUAAGCUUACGGAAAGCGGGAAAAGAAAGCGAGAGAGCGUGCAAUCAAACGAGGUUAGAGAGAGAACGAGGGGAGAGGGAAACUGACAAGUACUCACUCACACCGUUCAAGCAGAACAACAGAACAAUCAACACACGUCAACACAAACACGCCGGAAACACACACAUGUUAAGAGCUGAAUGCGCAAAAAAAUGUGUUUUUAUUAAGUGAAAGCCAAAAAGUAGGAAAAGGUGAAAGCUUUUUUUCUUUGAUUACGGAAAAAAACAGUAGAAAUGUGUUACCUUUAUUUAGAGUUUUAAAUAAAGUUAGUAACUUGUUGGACGGCAACUGAAGUAAUAAAUAGAAGAAGGAAAAUACCCACACACACACACAAACAAACAAAAAAGAGAGCAUUAAAGAAGUGAGUUUGAACGCGAGCGAGAGCGUGAGCGUGAGAGGAAGAAGAAAACAAUAUUUUGUAAAUAGUUGAGCUAACCUAGCGUCCGAUAAGCGUAAGAUUAAGCAAGUGAACUAAAGAGCGAGAGUGUGUAGAGGUAAAAACAAGCAGCUGAGAGGAAAACAUCAAUCAAAAUAGAGAGGUGAAGAAAUUAUGGAAUGCUUUGCCUUACAUUUUUAUGUUUUUCGUUUUGCUCAGUUUUGUCAUCCACAUGUCUUACCCCUUCAUAGAAUAAAGUUCAUCUUCUACAACACACAAACUUCAAUACUAUUCAGGAACAGGAGUAAGGAAACAAAAACCCUUAGCAAAUAGUAUACAGUAUCUAUUAAAAACAAACAAACAAAAGCAUUCAAAUCGCUUGAAAGAGUGCGCCUGGUAGAAGGUGAGAAUGAAUGGGAAAUGCAAAUAAAAACAAACGAAAAGUUGAAAAAGUAUAACUCUAAUGUGAUUUCUUUAUUUUUUUGUAAGGAAAAUGCAAUUGCAAAGUAAUAAGGCAAAUAAAAAAAAAUGAUCAGUAAACAAAAAACCGUGUUAAACAAUCUGUACUUGCAUCGACGCUCCGUGUCAAUGUCGCAAUGAAAAAAAGAAAAAUCUAGUUUUAAAGAAUCCAAUUGAGAAAGUAAAAGUAAACGAGACAAAACAAACCAACUUGGUGUGAGCUAAUAUUUACAAACAAUAGGAACGCGAAAAAAAAUUAAACCAUCAGCAGCAUUUGGACAUUCGCGAAGAAAUACAGUAAAGUUAAAAAAUAAAACCGGAUUAGAAAGGUAAGGAAGAGAAGCACUUUAACGCGACAAAAAAAAUAUUUCAAGAAAAAAAAACUUCAAAAUAAAAAAAGGUGUGAAGCGGCUUUCUUCCAUUCCUAUAGCUAGUUAUCCGUGUACUGAGAAGCAGCUGGAGGAAAAAACUGCAAGCAGUUUUGAUGGUCGAUUUUGGCCAUUACUUGAUAGAUAUCUACUAAUUUGAUGAGCGUGGUGAAAUGAGUGAAAUAAAAAAAAUGUGCUGAAAACGUGAAA